CUUUUCCAUUUUCAACUUCCCUCGGAAAUCGUGAACCUCCGCCAAAUCCAACACCAACCUUUCGUCCCUCGGAAACCAACUCUUUCUCGCCAAUUCACCCAACGCCCACCGAUAAAAUGACGAAGGUUAACUCCGGUAUCGCCAGCUCGCGACGAAAGUCGAGAAAGGCGCACUUCGGUGCGUCUUCCGGCGAGCGCCGUGUCAUCAUGAGCGCUCCUCUUAGCAAGGAGCUCCGUGAGAAGUACAACGUCCGUAGCAUCCCCGUCCGAAAGGAUGACGAGGUCACCAUCGUCCGAGGCACCAACAAGGGCCGCGAGGGCAAGGUCACCUCUGUCUACCGUCUCAAGUACCAGAUCCACAUCGAGCGCGUCACCCGCGACAAGGCCUCCGGCCAGAGCGUGCCCCUCGGCAUCCACCCCAGCAAGGUCGUCAUCACCAAGCUAAAGCUCGACAAGGACCGCGAGAACAUCCUAGAGCGCAUAAAGGUCGGCCGCGAGCUGCGGUCCAAGGGCAAGGCUGCUGCCAAAUAAGCCGUCUCUCUAGCUUAACACCCACCCACCUUUUUUUCAUAACUCGGUUGUGCCACCGGCCUGGCCUG